CUGAGGCUGCUGCUACUGGGAUAAGGGUGGGAGGGGGAACAAAAACAGGCCCCCCACCUCCAGGGACAGCACAGUAGCUGGGAGGGGAGGGGAAGGCAGGCCCAGGAGGGCGGGAGUCUCAGCCUGAAUGUGCCUUGGGCCUAGAGGCUGAGGCAGUGUGAGAGAGGGAGGAGCCCAGUGAGGCCCCUCCCCCGUAACCAGGCCCCCCUCUCUGCCAGCUCCUGCGGCAUUCCUAAUUGUUGAUGACUGACUCACCCUCACUUCAAAGGCUUGGGCCAAGUUCAGCUAUUUAACCUGCUGCACCCCACACCACUCUGGAAUUCUGCUCUGCGGGGAGCUGGCGCCCCACCUGUGGACCUGCUCCUCACCUGGGCAGGUGCCUCCUCCGGGUCUUCGGUCUUCGGUACAGCCCCUCCAGGGCGAUGUCCUCUGCCCUGGCCCCAGCCAUGGCCGUGCAGGUGCCCCUGUGGCACCACUACCUGCAGGCCAUCCGCUCCCGGGAGGCGUCCCGGGCGCAGGACUACCAACGUGCAGAGAACGUGCUACUCACCGUGCUGGAGCGCGUGCAUGCCCAGGACCCCCGCUUCCUUGUGGAUUACUCCCGAGACCUGGAGGCCUUGCAGUUUGCCCUGCGCUCCUCGGACAGCCCAGUGGACAUGGAGGUGCCCCUGAGGGUGGACGCUGAAGCCCUCCUGAGUGAGGAACCAGGGGCCAGCGAGAUGGGCGAUGGCCCCGUGACCUGCCGCCUGGGUGUCCCUAGAGAAGGGGCCGGCUUGGAGCAGUGGGUGACUGACGACGUCUUCACCGCCUCCUUGAACAGCAGCACCAAGUGCUGCGGCCACAUUGUGCCCAGCAAGGUCCUGCACGUCCUCAAGGACCUUCUGGUGGCUGCCAUCGUGCACUGCAAGCACCAUGGCCUCAUCACGCCAGGUUCUCUGAAGGCGGACAGCCUGCGGGAGGAGGAGCUACGCCUGUCGCUGCUGGUGUCCAGUGGCUGGAGGACAAUCCGCUUCAACGUGGUGCCUGCGGUGCGGUGGAAGCACAGGGUGCCUGUCCUGGAGGGGGCCCAGCGGGCGCCCGGGUUCCCUGAAGGCAGCUUGAAAAGGAUCAUCAGCCAAGAGGUGGCCCUGGUGCCCGCCAGCGUCCAGCUCUGGAGGGUCUCCAUGGACUACCUGCUCACCAGGCUGCUUAGUGCGCUGGGCUCCCUGCCGGGCCACCGCCUGGACAGCCUCUCCAUCCUGGACCGGGUCAACCAUGAGAGCUGGUGCGACAGCGGCCAGAGCCCCGGCCUGACCUUUGACCACCUGAAGGCUGUGCUGCUCUGGGCCUCGGUGCUCUUCCCGGCGCCCGAGGACUGGGCGGAGCUGCAGGGCGCUGUGUACCGCCUGCUCGUGGUGCUGCUGUGCUGCUUGGCCACCAGGAACCUGCCCCACUUCCUCCACCCCGAGCACAACCUGCUGCAGGACACCAGCCUGGACCUCAAUGCCCUCUACCAGCGCGUGGAGCACUUCGCCAGCCAGCCUGAGGCGUCCCUGCGCAUCCACGUCACCCACCUGGGCCGCAGCCCCCCGCCGCGCAUCGGCCACGGGGUCAAGGCGCUCCUGCAGCUGCCCGCCAGCGACCCCACCUACUGGGCCACCGCCUAUUUUGAUGUCCUGCUGGACAAGUUCCAGGUCUUCCACAUCCAGGAUAAGGACCGGAUCUCCGCCAUGCAGAGCAUAUUCCGGAAGACCAAGUCCCUGGGCGGCGAGGACAGCUGAGUGGGCGCCUGGGCUCUGCCGCUGCUACACUGCCCCACAGAGGCUCCUGGGACACGGGCAGAAGACCUUCACCUUGAGGCAGGUGGUGGGUCGUGGAGGGACUUUGUCCGGGGCGGUGGCCUCAUGGGAGUCUAAGAGUGCAGGACAGCGGGCCUCCUGGGAGCAGCUGCCUCGUCUCCAGGGGUGAGGGGCGUGUGCUUCCUGUGUCCAUCCACCUGCAUGGUGCCGUCAAGACUCAGAAAACUGAGUGCCUGGACCUCGAGGACUCGUCCCGUCUGUAUCAAAUGCUAUUCUGUGAGGUGAAAUACUAUGUGUCUGAUCUUGAAUAAAUUAAUGUACCCCCAAGGAAUAGCAAGAGUUCUUGUACCUGCCCACCUACCACAAGCACAAGGAUGGGGCCUGCAGCCUCACUGGAUUUUGGAAAUGGACCUUGGGAAGGUCCAUUUGCUGGAUGGCUCGGAGACGGUGAGUUCUGAGUGGGUCAAAGCACAGACUGGCUGUCCAGCAGGUUCAUGGGCUGGGG